UAAGAGAAGAAAUGGCUUCUGCUUUUGUCUCUUAUCAUGCUUGCUAUAAUAUCAGUUACUCUUUAGCUAAAGACAUUCACUACUUGAGCAAAUUGAAACUGCCAAAAUUUAAUAUCCGCGGAAAUGGCAGUACGUCUGCUGUUACAAAGAUCAGAGCCUCAACUGUAUCCACUGUUCCUCAUGUCAUUGAAAAUGUGGACAUGGAUUUGAAACAGACACGCCAGAAUAUUCCAACCACGAAACAGUUUGUGGAUCCUCAUCGUCAAGGCAGCAUUAUUGAGAACGGGGUAAGAUAUAGACAGUUGGUGGUUAUUCGGUCUUAUGAAGUUGGACCUGACAAAACUGCAACAUUAGAGAGCAUCCUUAACCUUCUUCAGGAAACAGCACUAAAUCAUGUCUGGAUGUCAGGACUAUUGGGCGACGGAUUUGGUGCCACACAUGGAAUGGUAAGAAAUGAUCUCAUGUGGGUUGUCUCAAGACUGCAGUUACAAGUGGAGGAUUAUCCAAUAUGGGGAGAGGUCUUACAACUUGACACCUGGGUUGGAGCAUCAGGGAAAAAUGGGAUGCGAAGAGACUGGGAACUUAGAUCACAGGCCACAGGCGUUGUAUUUGCUCGGGCGACAAGUACAUGGGUAAUGAUGAACAAGAGAACUAGGCGCCUCUCUAAAAUGCCCGAUGAAGUGAGGGCGGAGUUAUCACCAUGGUUCAUAGAGAAGCAAGCAAUAAUGGAAGACACUCCUGAAAAGAUGAAGAAGUUGGAUGACACUGCAAAACAUGGCACUUCAAGCUUGAAGGCAAAGAGGAGUGACUUGGACAUGAACCACCAUGUAAAUAAUGUGAAGUAUGUGGGAUGGAUGCUCGAGACAAUGCCUGACGAGUUUAUGGAGCAGUACCAGCUGUGCAAUAUAAUUCUGGAAUACAGAAAAGAAUGCGGAAGUUCAGAUAUAGUUCAAUCACUUUCUGAACCUGAUGAAGAAAACAGAACAACUGAUGAAAGCUUGAGAUCCUUAAACGGGAUGCAGAUAAAGUAUACACAUCUUCUGCAAACAAAAGGAGAAGUUAAGAACGAAGAGAUUGUUAGAGGAAGGACUACAUGGAGGAAAAAGCAUUCCAAAAUGCCAUUUCCUAUGUAGUGAAUUGUGUGUGAUUUAGUUUCGUAGGUUGAUUCAUAACUAAUUGAACAGCUCUUAUUAAUUUCCAGAAAGGCCUUGACAAUCGAGGUUUUCUGGUUCAAGAUAUGCUGCCAUUCUGGUUCCUAAUCGUAUAAAAAUCAAAUUUUAAUGUGUCA